ACUCAACUUUAUGGAAGCUUUCAGCAUCUUUUCAGCUCAUUGUUUUGGUUUGGCAAGAUUCAAAUGAACAAGGGUUGAUCAAAAAGUUCUGGGACUGUCACCAUCAUGAACAUUUGCAACAUGUGCAAACACUAAAGUGUCACAAGUCACGAUGCUGCUUGACCUUUUGUGACCACUGGUAGCUGAGCAUUCACAGUUUCACAGUGGGAGCUUAAACUGAAGCAGAGAGGAAUCAUAACAUUGCCAGUCAAUCAGUAGCUGAGAUGAUCCAACCUUCAUCUGGAGGACCAUCGCUGGUGGUGACCUUAGGAGGAUCUUCAGCUACCGCAAAGAGAAGAAACAGCAGUUUAACAGUGGAAGAGCUGCAGUGUCCAAGACCAGCAUCAGGACAUCCAGGAAGUGUUGCAGGAGCACUGGGAGCAAAGCAGGAAGACUUCCUUUGUGAAGAUGGCAGUCACAUUUACAUCAGAGGAAAUAAACACCAAGCUGCUAUGACACCUAGCCUCAGAGAGGAAGUACAGACAUCAGACAGUCGGGGUGUCAGUUGUUGUUGGGACAGGAUGCAGGUAACACCGCUGUGCCUGAUGCUCUCCUGUCUUCGGGUCACCCCCGACAAGACUCAGUUCUUCAGGUACGACUCCGUCACCCUGAAGUGUGAGGAUCAGUCCAACUCCACUGGCUGGAAGAUUAAGAGGAGAACGCUGGACGGUGGCAUCAGACUCUGCUCCUCCGGAUGGGGUUACACCUCCACAGGCUCGACCUGCGUCAUCGGAAACACCUACCCAUCGGACAGCGGGCUUUACUGGUGCGAGUCUGUCACAGGGCAGCACAGCAACAUUGUCAACAUCACCAUCACUGAUCGCUCUGUGGUUCUAGAGAGUCCUGUCCUCCCAGUGACAGAGGGAGCUGCCAUGACCCUGCGCUGCAAGGGUGAGGCUAACUCCUCCUAUCGCGUGUUUGAUUUCUACAAAGAUGGCCGCAACAUCAGGAGCGGCUCCACAGGAGAGAUGACCAUUGACAGUGUUUCCAGAUCCGAUGAAGGACUCUACAAGUGCAGCGCCUCUGGAGGUCCAGAGUCGGCAGUCAGCUGGCUGGCUGUUGAAGCUUCUCUUUUGCCAUCACCUUCAGCUGCACCUUCUGUUCCAUCUGCAGUUCCACCUUCCACUUCAUCUGCAGCUCCACCUGCAGCUUCCUCUUCGAUUUCUGUCUUCAGAAUUAUGUGUCACCUUGUGGUGGGAACACCAUACCUGCUGUCCACCAUCUUACUCGGACUCAUAUACAGAGACAGAAAGAAAGCCACUCAGACUGUUAAAGAGAGGCGGGGCAGCAACGAUGUCAUCAUGGAAAUAGUGGUGUAGACAGACAAACUGGUAAAAGUGACAAGGAAAUUCAGCACCACAGGAUGUCCCAGAAAGCGGUUUUUAUCACCAGUGUUCAGUGGAACUACCUGCAGCAUCUGAGGGCGUCUGUCAGCCAGCAACCUGCAGAAACUGUCCUUUUAAUCCUAAAAGAACUGGCAAAGUCAUGUAAACUCUGAACCGGGCUAUAAAUGCAAAUGUUUUGGUGUUCUGCUACCUUUAAAGUGCACUCUCAGCACUCAUCACUCAAUUUUCUUACAAUUAUAAGAUUGAGUAAAUGAAAUUAAAGUCAUCUUCUAAGGUGGAAUGUUUCUAAAAUGUCACAGCACAUAAGAAAUACAUAAUUUUUGUGUUGUUAACACAGUUAAGUGUGAAGAGGAAAUGACGGGCCACAGAGAAAGUGUCUAGAGAGGCGUUUGUGGUUUGUUGUUUUCAUCAGUAUUUGUCCAGGCAUCUCUUGUUGGUAUUUUUUGUUUUGCAUUUGACAUUUCAUCUCUGUCUAAAAUGUACCUAGAAUUAGACAAUCUGUCUUUUACUGGAUGAAGACACAUCUCUGCACAUCACCUUCCCGUGUUUUCCUCACAUUUUGAAUUCUUUUAUAACGCGACAGUUACUUUAAGAACGCAAACGGGAACAGCUUCAAUGUCACUGAUUUACUGAAUCAGCUGUUUCUGGGUCAGCUGUGGUUUAAUUUUCAGAAUUCUAAGUAGGUGAGUGUCAUUUCCCAGCAGAAACAACAUUGUGCCAUUUUAAAACCCACAACGCACACACACAUAUUAAAUUGAAAAUAUAUCUGAAUGACUAAAGAUUCAUAAAAUAAAACAAAUAUACGUUCAGUGGAAACUAAGCGGUUAUCACUGUGGCAGAUUAUGUAAUUAAGUUACCUGUAUUUUGCAUUUUGCAGUGGAGCUGUAGACUCCUGUGGUUACAGGUGGUAGUGGGUAGAUAGUUUAAAGAUACAGGUGUUUUUAUACUACAGUCACUGAGACGCAUUCACUGCACUCAAAUGACCCAAUUCACUAACUGUGUGUCUUUGAGCACCAACUGACUGCACCUUUGUUGAAUUAGUCGCUUCAGUGGAUGAAUAUUCAUGAUGAAUCACUUAUUUUACUUUUUAUGUUUGUCCUUUAUUGACAUUACUUUGUGGAAAUCUGUUUUUACUUUGACAUUAAAGAGUGUUUUGUCGAAAAUUCUUGUCAAACUUCCA